GUAGAGCGGAGGAGGAAAACAGAAAUUGAUUUUCUUUUAAUUACUAUGUGUACGUCUUAAAAUUAAACUGAAAGCCUUAUUGUAUCUAUCGUCGAAGUUGUGACUAUUUUUUGUUCUGUAAACUGAACUGUUGAUCUAUGAGCAAAACAAUCCACCACUAGCAGCAGAGAAGAACACAAGAGAUAACUCAAAAAAAAAACAAUACACGUCGCCAGCUGUCAGCUGUCAGAAAAGAUCCAUAAAACAUGCAAAUGGAUGAGUUCUAGUUUUUAGUUUCAAAAUUUGUAAGAUUCCGCACAAACACACACACUUGAAGAAGAAACAAUCGAGUAGAAGAAGCCCGACUGGUCCAAGAAGGGUGACGUCAAGGAGGAGACCGCAGGAGGUGACUGAGCGAGUGUCCGAUUCUGUCCCGGCAGGGACCUGAGCCAGCGCAGAGUACAGAGCACCGAACCUACCUUCAUCAUCUUCUACGAAGCGCGCCCAUAAUGUUUAAACUCUUUUUCCUUUCCGCACUCGAUAAUCAAUAAGAAGUACUGUUAUUAUAUUAUGUAGCUUAACAGCGAGCGAUCGUUUACUACGACUCUUUUUUGUUUGUUUGUUCCGCUUUUCUUUUGGCUGCUUAUAUUCCCCUUUCUGUGGAGAUGUACACAAUUGCAAGAAGAAACACCACCCACCAGAGCAGGACACGCUCAUUAGAUUUUGUAAUACUUUCGAUUCACAAUCAUCACGAUUCGGAUUUAGAAGUUGUUGCUAUUUUUUGACGUAGGACUACGUCUUUCAUUUCUAUACCGGGGUGUAAAAUCAAAGUUUCGAAAACGAAAGCGUUACGCCGGAGACCGAGAUUUUGAGCGUUAAUAGCUCCUAAACAACUGAACGAAAUGGUAUGAUAAACACUUCAUUCGAAAGAUAAAAUGUCUACGCGUUAUAUACUUGUUACUUUUUGAUCCAAAAACUUGUUUCAAUAGUCUUAAAAUUGCUUUCAAAACAGGCUAUUGAAAUCACCAAUCGGUAUAUAAGCGAGCGCCGCUCGGAAAUCCACUCAGUUCUAAUUGAACAGCGAUUGGAGCAUGUUGUCACUGUUGUGGUGAAGCUCUUCGUUUAUCAUGAAAGCACGGAUGAACGGUGUCACCAAGAGCCUGUUUGUGCACCUUAGGCCAGACAUGAAUCCAUCAGGAGGAGAGUGAUGCCACAAACGGUUCCCCGGGAAGAUCUCGAAGCAGCCGCUACACACACACACACACACAUACACGCGCGGAAUUCUUCCCGUUUGGAUGCCAUUCAGCAUCGAGAAAGAUCCGGAAAAUAAUCUGCCAGUUCCUCUGAGAAUUUUAAAAUACAUUCAUGUGAAAGAGUUUAUUUGAAUGUUUUCUAUCCAUGUAACACUGUGACCAAAUACAUUUGGUUUUGUGAUUUUUCAAUCAAUCGCAAUUAACAGGAUAGCUUCUGAAGAUUAUUCUUCCCCAUCAGUAGGAUAUUUCCGUAUCCAAUAUUGGAUGCAUAAAACCUUGUACCUCCAACGUAACGCUCUCGUUUUCGAAGUCCCCCAAAUAUUCAUUUAUUCAUUCAUUCAGAAUGGAUUCAGACUCAACUUCAAACAAAGGAUCACUGAAUCAACGAUAUUCCUACGUCACCAUUGCGGUUAUACCAUAGAUAUAACCCACUUUCUGUUUUUUGUUUAUUUUUCUUUGAGUAAAACUUUUUUAUUUUACAUACACCUAAGUUAUACGAGUGGUUUUCCUUCCAGUGUAUGCUGCAUUUUGCGAUGGCGCGGUAUACCGCCAAAGCUACCCAUCGUUACGGUUUGAUCCGAAUACGAGCGAUGUCCCCUUUUGAAGUCGAAUAAACAAUUAAAGUUAUCGAAAAAUGUUUGGAAGCUAGCUGAGAGUUGUCGUAAAUCGCUCGCUUCCGGCUUCGAUUGUUUAAUGUUCUAGCGCCAAAUGGCUCACUGUUAACUGAUAAACAAUCAUCAUAUCACAUCCCUGAGGUCGUUCGCAUCCUACAUGUUUCCUGGCAUCAAAUAUAUCUUAGGUUUUGGAGGCACAUAAUUAUCAUGUAUUACGUAUGAGAUGUAUUCACUGCCAUAUUGAAGACCGUUCUCGAAAAAAAUGAUCACCAAAAAUUCAGUUUAGGUGGGAUAUUUUUGAAAAGUUAAUUUUUUCAAUUUCAAUUUUCUGGAAUUUUUUCUUCAUAGUCCCAGAAAUUUUCUAAUGGACGAAGUUCUGGCGAGUUUAGCGGAUUUGCCGAGGAUCUGCUUGACGUCCGCUUCAAUAUACGUCUCGCCGUUCAUUACGAUGCAUUUCGGAUGCACCAAGCACUCGCAGUACAGCUUCCUGGCGCGGGUUUUUGCCACCGUGUUCUUCAUAUCGGUUCCGCUAGGCGGCUUCCUUACCUUGAAAACAUGAAGUCCGGCCCGCUUCAUUGUCAGCUGGACGAAUCAGGCGGAAUGGGUUGACUUUCUUGGCCACAUCCCUAAUCAAAAGUUUCGGAUUGCGCUUGAAAAUAUUCCUCACCUUCCUUGCUUUCACGGGAUCUUUUACCUUCGCUUUUCUUUCGUUGCCUGCUCGCCGCUGAAUCGUCUGGGUCUUCUUGAUCGAUUUUACCACACGGGACACGGUUGAACUAUCGCUUCCACGAUCACGCCUAUAAUUUCCUGUCGAAGCACUUCUUGCUUGAAAACCAUCUCGAUAACCCCUUGACAGGCCGGUUCUACAACUACAGCAUCAUCAACGUGCACUGUCCGCACGAAGGCAGACCCGACGACGAGAAGGAAGCGUUCUAUGCGCAGCUGGAAGCGUCAUACGACAGCUGUUCACCACGGGACAUCAAGAUCAUCAUCGGGGAUAUGAACGCCCAGGUUGGGGUAGGGAAGCAAUGUACAGACCGGUGAUAGGCCCAUGCAGUCUACACACCGACACGAACGACAACGGCCAGCGGUGCAUCAACUUCGCAGCUUCCCGAGGCCUGGUGAUCAGAGGCACUUUCUUCCCCCGCAAGGAUAUUCAUAAGGCCACUUGGAGAUCACCUGACCAACAUACAACAAACCAAAUUGACCACGUCCUCAUCGAAGGCCGAUUUUUCUCAAACAUCACUAACAUACGCUCUCUGCGCAGUGCGGAUAUUGACUCGGAUCACUACCUAGUAGGAGUACAUGUGCGCUCAAAACUAUCGAGAGCUUACAACUCACGGCAGAACCGCCCUCCUCGGUUUAACAUUCGGCAGUUAAAAGACCCGCACGCUGCCGAGAAUUACGUGCGCCUGUUGGAUGAGGCACUACCCUCCUCUGGGGAGCUAAAUGUUUCGAAUCUCGAAGACGGCUGGAGUAAGAUUAGCUCUGCCAUCGAAGAGACCGCAACCGCGGUACUAGGUGAGGAAACUACGAGCCCAAGAAACGACUGGUUCGACGGGGAGUGCCAGCAAGCGAUGGAGAGAAGCAAAACAGCUCGGAAAAACUAUUUAAGCAUUGCCACGAGGGAGAAUUUGGCCAAAUAUCGACGAGCGCGGAAUAAGUUGACCACGAUACUGAGGCGAAAAAAGCGCCAGCAGGAGGACAGGGAUCGUGACGAAUUAGAACAACUAUUUCAGGCUAAUGAUUCGCGCAAGUUCUAUGUGAAGGUGAACCAAUCUCGUAAGAGCUACACACCGAAUCCAGGCAGGUGUAGGGACGAGGAAGGAAACCAGAUUACAAGCGAGCGCGAGGUGGUCGACAGGUGGCUGCAGUUCUUCGAUAAGCACCUCAAUGGCGAGAUAGCAGAUGGAGGCGUAAUGGAAACCGACCUGGGAGUGCCUUCAAACGAUAAUGAUGUCCUAGCCCCCGACCUCCAGGAUAUCCAGCGAGAAAUCGGGCUGCUGAAGGCAAAUAGAGCCGCUGGAAAAGACCGACUUCCGGCUGAACUCUAUAAACACGGUAAAAAUAUACUGGCAACGGCACUUCAUUGGGCAAUAUCCAGAAUUCGGGAGGAGGAGAAAUUACCGGAAGAAUGGAUGGAGGGUAUUGUUUGCCCCAUCUAUAAAAAAGGCGAUCGGUUAGCCGAAGCCGAUAGCCAAAGGCUUCGUAGGGCAGUACCAAGCGGGCUUCAAGGGGCCCGCGCCACUACGGACCAGAUUUUUGUCCUCCGACAAAUCCUCCAGAAAUGUCGGGAGUACAACGUGACCACUCAUCACAUAUUCAUAGACUUUAAGGCAGCUUAUGAUACAUUCGAUCGAGAACAGGUAUGGCAGAUCAUGAACGACUACGGUUUCCGGACAAACUGACACGGCUGACCAAAGCUACCUUGGAGCGAGUUAUGUGCUAAGUUCGUGUUUCGGGGGCACUCUCGAGCCCUUUCGAAUCACGCAGAGGUUUAAGGCAAGGGGUGGACUAUCCUGUAUGCCAUUUAAUAUAGUGUAAUCCGACGUGCGGGCAUCGAAACGAGGGGCACGAUUUUCAACAAAAGUACCCAACUCCUGGGCUUCGCAGAUGAUAUUGACUCAAUAACAAGAAACUUUGCGACGGCUGAGGCAAACUACGCCAGACCAAAAGCGUGGCCCAGGAGGGUGGGACUACUAAUUAAUGCGUCAAAAACCAAGGUCAUGGUGGGAAGAAGCUCAAAGGAGAAAACAGUGAGCCUCCCACGGACAGUGACAGUGGACGGCGAUGAACUGGAAGUGGUUGACGAGUUCGUGUACUUGGGAUCUCUGAUCACCGCCGACAACAAUACCACGAAAGAGAUCCAACGACGCAUUCAAGCUGGAAAUCAUGCAUACUUUGCGCUCCGCAAGACGCUUCGGUCAAGGAGAAUACGGCGUCGCACAAAGCUAACGGUGUACAAAAUCUUAAUAAGACCGGUGGUCCUUUAUGGACUCGAAAUUGUGACGCUGCUCACGGAGGACAUACGCGCUCUGGUCGUCUUUGAGCGGAAAGGGCAGCGGACUAUUUUUGGUGGAGUACAAACGGAGAGCGGAGAGUGGCGCAGGUGUAUGAACCACGAGCUACAGGCACUACUUGGAGAGAUUCCCAUUGUACACCUCGCGAAAGUCGGGAGGUUACGGUGGGCCGGACAUGUCGCGAGGAUGCCGGACGACAGUGCAGUGAAAUCCGUUCUCUUCAAUGACCCCGCCGGCACCAGAAAUAGAGGGGCUCAACGUGCCAGGUGUCUCGACCAGAUCGAAGCCGACUUGCGAGUGACGGGACGCUUACGGAAUUGGCGACGAGUGGCUCAGGACCGAGUAGAUUGGAGACAAAGAAUUGAGACAGCACGAGCCACCACGGCUCUCAACUGAUUAUGUAUCUAUGUAACCCCUUGACAGAUGGUGACAUAAUUUUGCUUAUGUAAACAUUACACUCUAAACAAGUUAUACCCAAAAUUUAAUCAAUUUUAAAAAAAAGCAACAAAAGUUAUACACAAAAGAGAUUUGUGUAUCGAGAUUUUUGCCGUCCUUUGUAAAUUACAAGUAAAUUAUGUUGCGUGAUGUCUAGAUGCUGGAGUCUGCUUUUAAUGGAAUUUUACUGCUACCGUUGCAUAUAAUGCGAAGCACGCGACCUAUGCUUUCUUACCGUGGUGUUUGCUAUUCCUUUUUUUCUCUUAUGCGGUGGUCAAUCGCUAAACGGAGGAGUUAUCAUCGUUUUGCGAUAGCACGCGGUCUAACCACACGCUCUAGACUACGAAAAUGAAUCACGCUCUGAAACAUCGUGACCCUCGCGGCGGCAGUAACGGUCACUUUUACCAGUGUCUGCGGUUUUUGCGUCUUUAAAUGAUUUCGGUGGUUUUCCACGUUCCUCGAUCCUCACAGAUUCCUCAAUCCUCACAGGUUCCCACACAGAACUUUGCAUGCUCACCGUAAGCUUCCACCAAUAUUCUAUGCGAAUCGGAAGGGGAUUUAUUGAGUUUAUAGCAAAAACUCUACUAUGUCUGCGGAUCGCAGUUCGUAGUCACUGAAUUUCAAACACAAAAAAAUGUGGGAUACUUUUUGCACGACAUUUUGGACAUGAAGAAGCAACCGCGCGAUGGGUGCCGCGUUUGCUGACCGUCGACCAAAACCAACGGUGCGUUGAUGAUUCAACAGCCGGUUUGGCGGCGUUGUUGAAGCGUAAUCGAUUGUACUUCCUUCGACGUUUCGUCUCAUCAUCAUAUCUGUAGAAAAAUGUGUCCUGCCCGUCUGGAUCACUGAAACCAAUAGAUAUUCCCGCAGGAUGUUGGUAGAUGAAUCUGCCUUCAUUACUUCGUCGAAUUUCACGAGGGUUCCCACCCCCAUAUCAUCACAUUUCCUCCUCCAUGCUUCACCGUGUCUUGGAUGUGGUGCUCCUGAAGCUGUUCAUCCGAUCUACCCCACACACGAACCCCCCGCCUUCGGUUGGAUAAAGGGUGUGUCACAUCAAAUUGCAUCACGGAAAAAACGCUGUAGAAAUUUAAUUUAUGGGAAUUAUAUCUUCAGCUUUCGCUUAUAAGCUUUCGCUUAUAAUCAGAUAA